GGACAGAUUACGUCUGGUAUCGAAAGGAAGUUGUGUUUAUUCCAAAUAAAUCCUACUCCAGCGGAGAUGCAGUCGCGCAGCAAGUCUGAUAUGAAGCCCAUUCGAAAAGAGAUUCUCAAUCCGGGAAACGCUUACAUCGAGCUAACCCCGGGCACAAGGGUGAAGUUCCACUUCCAAACGCGAAGGGCCGGAGACAGUCGCAUCAUCGAUGACAGCCGCAAGAUGGAGAAGCCCAUGGAACUGGUCCUGGGGAAGAAGUUUAAGCUGGAGGUCUGGGAGCUGAUUGUGCAGCAGAUGUCUCUUAACGAAGUGGCCAAGUUCACGGUGCAUAAAUCGCUCUGCUCUCAAUAUCCGUUCAUAUCGAAGACCCUGCGGGACAUUGGCAAGAAACCAGAGGAACGACGUCACUGCUGCGGAAUGACGCUGCAGAACGAGGGCAUUGGGUACACCGACCUGGACGAGCUGCUGCAAAAUCCUGCCGAACUAGAGUUCAUCAUUGAACUGAUCUCCAUUGAGCUGCCCGAGCAGUACGAAAAGGAGCGCUGGCAGAUGUCCGAUGACGAGAAGAUGCUGGCCACCAGUACGCUACGCGAACGGGGAAACAACUUCUACAAGGCCAGCCGGUUUACUGAGGCAGAGACCUGCUACCGCGAGGCCGUCGGCAUUGUGGAGCAGCUGAUGCUGAAGGAGAAGCCGCACGACGAGGAGUGGCAGGAGCUGGCGGCCAUCAAGACACCGCUGUUGUUAAACUACGCGCAAUGCCGGUUGAUCGCCGGUGACUUCUACGCUGUGAUUGAGCACUGCAACGAGGUGCUCACCCUGGAUCCGCGCAAUGUGAAGGCACUGUUUCGGCGGGCCAAGGCCCAUGCGGGUGCCUGGAAUCCAGCUCAGGCACGUCGAGACUUUCUCGACGCUUUGGCCCUGGACGCCAGCCUAAAGUCGACUGUUUCUAAAGAGCUUAAGUCCAUCGAGGAUCAGCAGCAGGCCCGUAACGUCCAGGAUCGCAUUCAUAUGCAGAAGCUCUUCUAGAACAUAAGUUGCGUCAACGUGCUGCUCAUGCUGCUUGUCUAUUGGAGCAGCUACCUGCAGCGCUAGCAGUUCUUGUCACUACCUUCUUUUCUUUCGCUGGCCGUCAGCUUCGCCCACGGUCUUGUGCUGCUCUGUUCGAUGGCGAACCUAUUCCUCUGCUGCUGGACCCUCACGAAGCUACUGCGAGCACUGCAGGGGAUCAGCUGGUGAUUUUGCGACAACAUAACACAAUCAACUACGGUACCAUACCACCUCAUUUUGUGAGAACUGCAUUUCAGAGCACUAUAUGCCCAUACUCAUCCUUCGCCUCGACUCACAUUCAACGGUGUAGGCUAAAGGGUUUAAAUAUAAUGUAAAUGUACCAUCCAAAUGCUUGAAUGGAAUUGUAAUCGUGUGUAUAUGGAAUGCAACAUGUUGUUUGCGUAGCGUUACCAAAAAUAGUAAUCAAAUGUUUCACAUUUGUUGUCCAUAGUCGUAUAUGUAUGUUUGUAUUUGUAUAUCCCUAUAUGCGAUAUUUAUUCGUAGCUAGAAUCUAUCCUAAAUCUAGACAAAUUGUAUAAGAUGUAAUAAAUGUGCUUUUGUGCUGUCUAAUUGUUAAUUGUAGUUGGAGACUUUAUUGUUUGUAUAUAUGCUGCAAGCAUACGUAGUAAUAUGCAUUUGCAUAAGAGAAUACAUUGUAUUAAAUAAAUAACCAAUCCUUUAAAUGGACUAGUAACAAUUUCUAUGGUUUCCAAAUAAUAUCAGUACUGAGCUGAGGUUAUCUUUUGUGGUUAGCUGACCGAAAUAAAAUUAUCGCAUUCGCUCGUACACCAAGGAAAAUAACUUGUUGACUUCAAAAUAAUGAGAAACUAUUUUGUUACUCCAAGAAGCUUUUGUUACUUCCCCGAUAUCAAAAACACAAAUAUUAACAAACUGCAACCAACUGCGGUUCAAGAAAUAAAAUAUCAAAUUUUGUAUUAAUAUUAAGUUUGAUUUACUAAUUAAAAAUCACGAUUAAGCGGCAUCGUUAACGAGUAAUAUACACAGUAAAUACACGAUUAUUAUGAGCUAGGAAAA